AUGGGGUUCACAGCCGAAGCAGAUGCAUACAUGGACUUCAUAAGCAAUCGAUUUCAAAUGUCUCGUGGUCCAGAUGGUGCUCUACCUAUCAUGUUUACAAUCAGAGGUGAAACGGAAAUUCCAGAAAUUGAAUUCAGGUAAUUUGUCCCUCCCGCCUCCAAAAUCUGUAGCCAAACAACCACUAACAGAUCCCUAGCCAUCUCUCUGGUUACCGAAAUAGCGCUCCCGUAAGAAUUGGAAAUGGUGCUGCAUUCCAUCAACAAUUCGACAUCUAUGGAGAGCUGAUGGAUGCCAUCUAUUUGUAUAACAAAUAUGGGCGACCGGUAACGUGGGAUCAAUGGGUUGCUAUCAGAGAGAUACUUGGUACUUAUUGACAAAUUCUUUCCUUGGAAUUCUGCUAACGAGGCCUGAGACUACGUGAUGACUAUUUACAAGGAACCCGAUAUGUCAAUCUGGGAAGUACGAAAUAAGAAACAAAACUUCGUGUGCUCCAAGGUCAUGUUAUGGGUAGCCUUCGAUCGCGGGAUUCGUCUCGCAGACAAGCGAUGCCUUCCGUGUCCACACCGACAAGAGUGGCGAGCUAUUAGAGAUGAGAUCUACGGAGAAGUGAUGACCAAGGGUAAUUAUUUCUCCAAUCCAUAUUCGGUGCCUGGCGGUUGCUGACAUUUCAUUCCAAGGCUACAGCGAAAAUCUACGCUGCUUCAUCCAAUCCUACGAAUCCGGUGACGUCCUCGACGCAUCCAUCCUCAUCGCCCCCCUCAUCUUCUUCAUCUCCCCUAACGACCCCCGUUUCAUCCGCACCAUCGACCGGAUUCUCCUCGCGCCCGAAAAGGGCGGUCUCACAUCCACGGGCCUGGUCUACCGAUACAACACCGAACACGCCGACGACGGCGUCGGUGAUCGUGAAGGUGCCUUUUCGAUGUGCACCUUCUGGCUGGUGGAGGCGCUGACCCGAGCCGGUGUCUAUGAGAAGAAGUAUCUGGUAAGGGCGACGAAUGUGUUCGAGAAUAUGGUGGGCUUUGGCAAUCAUUUGGGCAUGUUUAGUGAGGAGAUUGCGAGGAGUGGGGAGCAGAUGGGGAAUACGCCCCAGGCCUUUUCGCAUUUGAGUUUGAUUAGCGCGGCGUUUAAUUUGGAUAGGGCGGGGAGGCGAGGGUGAGAUGGGGGUUCUUGGACGGAGGGUUUGAGAUGAGAUCGGGGAUUGGAGGUUUAUUUGCUGGUAUUGGGGGGAUGUUUGUGGUGUAGGUGGGCUUGGAGAAAUUUGGGUGUUUGAUGGAUGGAUUGGAAAAGAGGCGAGAAAUUGGAAUCCAUUCAUCCUUUUCUAGAUGUGCAGCAGAGCAUCUUGUGGAUGAGUAAACUGUGUAGAGCUUUUGGAAAAGCUUCUCUGGAAACGCCUAUCAGAAACCCCAAGUCCACUUACAAAAUGCAAUCAAUG